AUGUAUGCUCUGGCAAGCUCCUACCGUUUUCACUUCUUCCUUUACUUCCUGGCUGAUGUGCUUGAGCAGCUCAAUAUCUUGAACAAGACCUUCCAGCACAGACAGCUCGAUCUGGUGUCUGUGCAUGCGCAGAUCAAGCGGACAACCAAUCACAUCGAGAGCCGCUACGUGGACUGCGGCGAUGAAUUUGGCGGUGGCAUGAGCCAGUGGCUGUCACCUUUCCUGCAACGCCAUGGCCCGGGGUGUAACCGCGACGGCCGACCAGCUUCUUUCACGUUCACUCUUCACGACGAACCCGUGGACUCAUAUAUUGGCCCAGAGGACCACGACGGCUGCAUCCAGAUGUGCACCGAGUUCGCGGAGAGGAUCGUGGCGAACCUGGAGGGGAGGCUCGGUGACCUCGACUCGCUCUCUGGAGUCCGCCUGUUCAUUCCUGAUGCAUGGCCACAAAGCAAGUCGGAGCGGAAUGCUCGAUGCCAUGAAUGGCUGAACUCUCUGGUGACGAUGUUCAAGGCACAGCACUGCGAUGAGAUUUUACCAGGCGACACCAGCAAGAAGGGCAAGCAUCUGGAGGAGGCGAUAGAUGAAGAUGACGAGGAGGAGCCAGUAGGAGAUGCCGUAGAGUGUUCUAGUGAUGAAGAUGAAGAAAUGAGCUGCUAA